UUUAACGCAUAUUAUUUAUAUUUAAAUAGAAUUUAUGAAUUUUAAGUAAUAAAUAUAUAAUUAACGUAUAUUUAUUUUAUUUUAAGUACGUUCUAAAUAUUUAACGAUUUUUGAAUUUUAUUAUAUAUUUAAUGUAUAUUUAAUUUUAAGUAAAUAUAUUAUAAAUGUUUUAACGGUUUGCGCAAUCAAGAAUAAUUUAGGAAAACUCGUUGAAUUCGGAAAAACAAUUCUAUUCGGUUUUGACUCAAACACUAAAAUUCAAAUCUUAAUCCUAGCCCACAUGAGAAAAGCCCAAAAUAAAAAAACAAAAAAAAAAACCCAUACCCCUCUUUUCUAAUUCACGUGAAACCAACCUCACCCAAAACCCCUUCCUUCCUCUCUUUCACGUAAAAAGGAAAACUCAAACCCUCCUCCCUCACUGCCGUUUUUCUCUCCUCCCUUCACGACCGUCGCUGUCCCAGUCGCCGCCACCACCGCCGGACCUCCUCGCCACCGGCAACCAGAACCUCGUGGUUCUCCCUCGCCGUCAGCCCAACCUCGACCAUCACCGCAGCCUUCGUUGCCGCGUCACCUCGCCAACCACCAGCAACCACCGUGCGCAGCACCAGUGCCGCCGCCCAGUACCGCCGCUGCCGCACUCUGACCGCCGGCCGCUCUUUCUCUCCUUUUUGGCGGAGAAUUCUUUGUGGGCGACUUUUGAAUUCGUUAAAGUGGCCUAUCAGUUUGUUUACACAAGUCUCUAAGGAUCAAUAAGCAUUGUCCAUCUACAGGUUUGAAGAUGAUGCAUCAUGGGGAUCGGGAUUAGAGAGCUUGUAUUUAGUUUCGUUUUGCUAAGUAACUUGGUUUGUUAAUUUAGACUUUAAACUUAUCGUACUAUUUAUAUUCCCUUAAUUUCGUUGGUUGGUUUUUGGGAUUAAACCUGUAAUUGAUUAUUUAUAAACCUAAAGUUAGUUUUAUGUUUUCCGCUGCAAAAUUCUGAAUAAGCCGUUACGUUUUCACACGGGCGAUAAUGCCUUGAUAAUUCUCUACGUUUUAUAUUAAAAUGUUGUUUUAGAAAAGAGGGAAUUGUCGGGGUGUUACAAAGUGGUAUCAAAGCUUAUGGUUUUACUUCAAUAAUUUUUAGGCGCCUAAACUAGCUAGUUUCCUAAAACGAAUUUUCGAGAAUUGAGCUCUUACUCAUUAUAUCGUUCAAAAUGCGUACUUUUUAUUUGGGACCGAAUUCAUUUUAUUUCGUUUACAAGUAUACUAAUAUUCCUUAUUUAAGUUCGAAAUUAACUUAUUUAUUCGAAUUAAAUUAAUGACUCCGAAACUAUUUUUAUUAGUGAACUUCUUUUGAAAAAAAUAAAAUAAUAAAGGAGGUCUAAUUUUUUUUAUUUCGAAUUAAGGGUAUGAAAUUUUUAGGAAAUCCUUUUUUUUUUUUUUUCUUUCUUGUUCGAAUUAAUCUUUCUUUUCGAACUUAUUUUAAUUCUUAUUUGAAAAAAAAUAACAAAAAAAAGAAAAAAAAAAUUGAACUUUUAUUUUUUUUCUUUCUUUUUAUUUUCUUUGUUUUAUUUUAUUAUGUAAAUUACUUAAAUGGUUUAGUUUAUUCUAAUUAUAUUAUGAGAGAUGAUGGGUAGUAUAAGAAGGGCAUACAGGAUAGAAUUAUAUGUGCAUUAGUAGUUAAUUGCUAGCUUAAGAAGUUAAUUGCCAUGUGCAUGUGUUAAAUGUUAAGUGUUACAUUUACAAGUGCAUAAAGAAUUGUUUGAUUCCACCAAACUUAUUGAUUAUUGAACCUUGUUUAUGUUUUGGCUGGAAAAUCGUUAGUGAGACCUUGAAUUGUUUAUUUCAGGAAUAAAAUGUUUCUUUCCAAGUAUACCAAUAUAGGAUCCUUCGAGAAACUUGAUAUAGAAACCCCAGAUAUUUACGUGAAGAAAAUUGUGUUUGGAUGUGAAUAUUAUGCUAAAGUUCAAGGGCAACCUAUCUUAAUGAGAAAGGAUAUCAUAGCAGCCACUAUCAUUAAUUGCUUACCUAACAAAUUUCCAUACCUAGAACUCAAGGAAAAGUUUAAAGACAUGCAUUCUGAUAAUGGAACUCCAAACUUGGCUAAGUAUGGAACUUGGGAUGGUAGAUGGAAAUAUGAUUCAGAAAUUCUGACCACCAUUAUUGAAGCGGCAGAAAGUGGGUUUAGAGACGGUAAAAUCGUAGGGAGUCAUGUUGGGGAUUCAGUUACAGAAGAACCUAUGGGAAUAAGUGUAAAUAAUGACCUAGAGGAAAAUGAUGUAGCUGUGGAGAAUGAGAAUGUAGGUGUUGAGGCAGAGAAUCCUAACCCAGCGGCUCAUGAGCCAACCAUUGAGAUCUCUAGUGAUUCGGAUGCAGAGCUCGAAAGUGAACAGGAGAUGGCAAGUGAGCCUAAUCAAGAUGAAGACAUGGGUGAAGAUGCAAACCCUGAGGAAGACCCCGAUGAAGACCCUAAAGAAGAGUUUGAUGAUCUUGAGAUCUAAAUUUCACUCCGCAAGUUUCAGGAGCAAUGGAUAGGCAAAAGGCCACAAAUAUUUUGAAGUCAUAAAUAGUUAAUUAGCUCUUUUAUGUUUUAAAGAAUAAGUAGCAAAGCUACAACUGUUUAAGGUUUAAGUUUAUUGAAGUUUGAAAUAUUCUUUAUUAUUUUCAAGGAUGUAAUAAACCUCUAUGGAGUUAGCAAUAAAAGUUAAAGUUUUCAAGGAAUUGUUCUUUAUUCUAUUUUGAGGAUUCCAUAAUACCCCAACCUCUAGGUAGUACGUCGUGGAUUAAUCUUCCUAUUGGUUUCAUACUCAGUGUGAAUUGUGGAUCAAUUCAAUUGCCACAAAAAUAUUAAAUGAUUUGAGUACAUAAAGGAAGUGAGGGCCAAUCUAGAACCUCAUGACCAAUAUGAUUCAAAAUGUUAUGCCUUAUGUGUAGUGUGUAAAUGUCU